AUGAGCAAAUACGGCGUUAUGGUGAUGGGCCCUGCCGGGGUCGGCAAGUCCACCUUUUGCGGAAGCCUCAUCACGCACCUUCAGUUAAACCGCCGCUCCACGUUCUACAUAAAUCUCGACCCCGCCGCCGAGCAUUUUCAACACGCGCCAGACCUCGACAUCAAAGACUUGAUAACGGUCGAUGAUGUGAUGGAGGAAUUGCAGCUCGGUCCUAACGGGGGACUGAUCUACUGCUUCGAAUAUCUGCUCCAAAAUCUCGACUUCAUUUCCGAUGCGCUCGAAUCGCUGACGGAGGAAUACCUCAUAAUCAUCGACAUGCCUGGCCAGAUAGAACUCUACACGCAUGUUCCGCUGCUCCCUCCCUUGGUCAAGUUUCUUACACAGCCGGGCGCGCUCGACAUUCGCCUGUGCGCGGCGUACCUCCUCGAAUCGACCUUCGUUUUGGAUAAGGCCAAAUACUUCGCCGGGACGCUUAGCGCCAUGAGCGCCAUGAUGAUGCUAGGGGUGCCACACCUCAACAUCUUGAGCAAGAUGGAUUUGAUUAAGGAUCAGAUGCGGAAAAAGGACUUUAAGCGCUUCCUCGUGCCGGAUACAACAUUACUCGAGGACGAGCGGAAGAACAAGAGCGUCACCGUCGACGUCCGCAACGAGGACAGUGUUCAGGCGAUCCUCAGCCACAUUGACGACUGCAUCCAAUACCACGAGGCCCAGGAGCCCAAGGAUCCGCCCGAGGAGGAGUUUGAUGAGGAGUUUAACGACGCAUGA